CAGCCGCAAGAGCCGAAGGCACUGGCGGCGGCGGCCACGGCAGUCAGGGUGGAGGAGGAGGAGGAGGAGCGGCUGGAGCGGGAGCAUUUCCGGAGGAUCAUCAACGCCUUCCGAUACUACGGAACGAAUAUGCAUGAACGAGUGAACAGAACAGAGAGGCAGUUUAAAUCUCUCCCAGCUAACCAACAGAGUCUUCUUCCUCAGUUCCUUCCUCACCUUGACAAGAUUCGGGAGUGCAUUGAUCAUAAUCAAGAGAUACUGCAGACCAUUGUGAAUGACUGCAUUCAUAUGUUUGAAAACAAAGAAUAUGGAGACGGAAGAGGGAAGAUUACACCAGCUUCAACAUUUGACAUGGAUAAAUUAAAAUCCACUUUGAAACAAUUUGUGAGAGACUGGAGUGAAGAAGGAAAGCAUGAGAGAGAUUCCUGCUACCAGCCGAUCAUUAGUGAAAUUGUAAAGAACUUUCCAAAAGAAAGAUGGGAUUUCUCCAAAGUUAAUAUCCUGGUACCUGGUGCUGGGCUAGGUAGAUUGGCGUGGGAAAUAGCUAUGCUCGGUUUUGCUUGCCAAGGAAAUGAAUGGAGCCUCUUUAUGCUCUUUUCUUCUAACUUUGUACUCAACAGAUGCUCUGAAAUUAACUCACAUAAGCUUUAUCCCUGGAUUCAUCAGUUUAGCAAUAACAGAAGAUCUGCUGAUCAGAUACGUCCAAUUUAUUUCCCUGAUGUUGAUCCUCACAGUCUUCCUUCUGGUUCAAACUUCUCUAUGACAGCAGGGGAUUUUCAAGAAAUUUAUUCCGAGUGCAAUACGUGGGACUGCAUAGCAACUUGCUUUUUCAUAGAUACAGCACAUAAUGUUAUUGAUUACAUUGAUACUAUAUGGAAAAUACUAAAGCCUGGAGGAAUAUGGAUAAAUGUAGGUCCUCUCCUUUACCACUUUGAAAACUUGGGAAAUGAACUUUCUAUAGAAUUAAGCUACGAGGAUAUAAAAAAUGUUAUACUUCAAUAUGGAUUCCAUAUAGAGGUGGAGAAAGAAUCUGUACUGUCAACUUACACUGUGAAUGAACUCUCCAUGAUGAAAUACUACUACGAAUGUGUGUUGUUUGUGGUGAGAAAACCAGAAUAGAAGUGGUCUGAAUAGGUUAAUCAGGAAAAAAUGUUGGCUUGAAAGCUAGGAAUGAGAAUGGAAUGGACUGGGUGAUGUCUGGACACAACCUCAAAUCAGUGGUGCCUUCUUAUUCCUAAUAGGAUUUAGAUAGUGUCUAUUUUCUUAAUAUCUAUUGCUAUCCAGACAUGUACUAUGUCAUGCAUAUUUGUAAUAUACUUGUGAAAAUGGAGUAAGAAAUAUUCACAUACACUGUCUUCAUGCUUUGGAAUGCAUUAAGAAUGAAAGCAACAACAUUUUCUUGAGAAUUAACUUUAAUGUUUGCCAUAACUAGGUUAAUUCUCUGCAUAUGCUGCCUCAUUUUGCAUAUAUUUAUAAUAAUUUUCUUUUUUCCACUUUCUGGUGUUAGUAAUGUGUAGACAUGCUUACUUUACUAGCUAUGUCACAUAUAGAGAAGUAUUUCUAAAUGUAUACUUAAAUUAUGAAGUCUGACGCAGUUCAGAAGUGAUAAAAUUAUUCUUGUGAGAUGAAAUAUCCAUCAAAGCUGUUAGAACAUUUUCUGUGGAAUUGAUAUGAAGUAGAUUAUUACACAAAUUUUAAUCUUUUACUGUACCACUCUUAAUUUAAUCUGAAUUUGAAAUACUAUGUGAAAGCAAAGUACUGGGUGAAGAAAAAGAAGCAUGUCACAGAGAAGCAGAUUAUGUUAACCCCUAUUCAAGAAUAACACAAAUAUUGAUUAAUCUCUUAUUGUUGAAACUGAAAUACAUGAUAUGCUUUGCUGUCUCAAAAGACAUUGAGUCACCUACUUACUGCUUAAGCCAAAACAGUGAAGCAGUAUUUGUCUUUAAACAGUUAAUAGAAAGUCAUUAUACCUUAAGCUCUUUCCUGGUUUUUGAAAUUUAUAACACAGCUGAGUUUUCCAUGCUAUGUGUAGGUAGUGCAACAGUUAAACAUAAAUAGUAUGUGCUGUAACCUAAUCAUCCCUACCUAAGUCAGCAUAUGCAGGCCAGCUGGUAGACAACUUCUUGUAACUUCAGGCACUUUACCCUUGUGACUUAGUGACCUUUUGGUUCCUUAACCUAAUGUGGCUUAGGUGAAUAUUUAAUAUACAAAUCAUACUAUAGAAGAGGCUAAAUAUUCUGUCACUUAGAAGUUAUGUACAUAAGAAAAUGUUAAUAAUUACUGUGCUGACAGGAGGUGUCAUGUUAGGUGCCGUUUUGUUAACAUUUGUUAUUAAGUACCAUUAUCAUCCAUUUUCAUAAAUGUCUUAAAAAUAUAAAAACAUUAUAAGGAAUCAAGGGGAUUUUCAUAUUUGGUCAUAAUAUCACUGGGCAGUGGCUUAUUUGUUUCUCAUUAUUUUUGUCCCUUUUUUCAUGGUGAUGUCCUAAUUGCAUCUCUUUCAUAGAUCUAUUACUGGCUUUUGGAUUUUUCCCAUUAAGGCCAGAAAUUUGUGCCUUUGUUCCUAAAUUGAAAGUCUGCAAGGAGGAAAACAAUUUUUUUUUUUUAAUAUAUAGUUUCAACACCACAUAAGAUGGAGCAUGCCUGGGUAUGUUUUAGUAGUGUGCACCUUUCUGCUCAGAAUCUUUAUUAAGAAUCUUGUCUACUGAAGUUUUCAAUUAGAGAUUUGUUUAAACUAAUCUUUUUUGAACUCUUUCUUCUUUCAGAAAGUGCACCAGUAAGACUUGGCUCCAUAAAUGAACUGCCAAAUUUCUACCCUAUUAACGCUGAAAAACUGCUAUUGCAACAAGUAGAUUAAAAGCCCUUGCACGCCUAAAAAUAAAAAGUCCUGUUCCUUUUUCUUGUAUAAUUUACUUUAAUUUUUGAGGGGCUGUGUGGUUCUUUGCUUUUAUGCUAUUUUUUUUUUGCCCUUAGGUAGAGUAAGAUUAGUAUUUUGCUUGAUUUUCAAGAUCCUUGAAAUAAGACAAGGCUAGGUGAACGUUGAUUAUGCUGUUGCUCAGUAGUAUAUGUAUCUGUAUUAUUGCCCAGUUUCUGCCACCUACCCAGUCUGUACUUACUUGAAAAGUGGUGUUUUUUAACAAACAGGAAAUUGAGCUCUUCUGAUUGAAUGUCAAUAUCCUUUGUUCUGGUGGUUUUGUCCUUUGCCACCCCAUGUUGUCACAAGUGCCAUUUUUAUGUGCUGUUUUUAGAAAACACAUUCUUAUUAUGUCAGGUAUAUUGUGAUGCUCUUCUGGUUUUAAUCUAGAAAAUGCCAGCUUUCCCUAAUGUUCUCCUUUUAAAUUUUAAGAGUUGCAUUGAGUUGGAACCAGAAUCAUCUUGUGAAUAAGCUGUAUGAAUUAGUAGUGUUCUACCUGAAAUCUUAUUUAUGAUUUUUUAAAAAUACAAGUGAUGAAUCUUAUGCACAGGAAUAAUACUGAAUGUGAUCACGUUCUUUUACUCAGUUGUAUAUGGGGGGGGGAAAUGCUUAAUGUGUUUACAGCCAAAGCCAAGAUCAUUUAAUUGAGGUCAUUAUUAAAUGGUGUAUAGUAAUGGGUGUAAAAUAGAAUUCUGCAUAAUCUUCACUGUAAUACUUUUUUAUAUGUAGUAACUCUGACAAACGUAAAGUGUCCUGUAUUUUAAUUUACAUGUAUCACACUCUAAAAUCACUUACCGAAGUAAGAAUGGGAAGUUUUGUGUCUCAGUGUGAACUUCCCCGUGCUUUCAGUGUGUAUGUAAUGGGCUAAUUUUUCCUGGACAUUAAAGUUUGCAGUAUGGCUUGC